AUGUUGGUGACUCGUUGGUUUGUCAUCAUUCUUUUUAUUCUGUGCGUUGCUCUGUUACUAGAUUUCUGCAGUUGUGCUACAGUAACUAAAGAAACGGCAUUGAAUAUGAAGAAUGUUUUCGUCGAAGAUUUUGAUAAUGAUUUCGAAAAAGGCGCAUCGACUGAAGCCACGCAAAAUUUGGCCGAGGUCGAUAAUGAUUAUGAGGAGGACGACGAACAUUUAUCGGAGGACGAACAAGGCGAAGAUAGGAGAGACAAUGAAAUUCAAGACACAGUCGACAUAGACGACGUAUAUAAAGAGGAAAAGAGUGGACCCAAGAGUGAAAACAAAGAUGAAAGUAUUUAUGAUGAUGACGACGAUCUAGACGAAGAAGAUGACUUUGGCGAAGGGGAUGAAAUUAUAUAUAUAGAUCAGGAGGCGGAUGAAGACGCCGAAGAAGAAGGAGACGAUUUUUCUGAUGAAACAACCAUGGAGCAAGCAGAUGAGUUAGAAAUCCUUCCGAGAGAUGAAAAAAAAGAGAGUGAUGGUAAGUUCUUCAUGAGCAAAAUUUAAAAAAUCAAAGAUUAGGAAAAUAACAAACUAUUUAGCGACAUUUGUCAAAUUUCAAAUGUAGAAACUUUAAGAGGAAGGUGCUUUACUCCUUAAAGUGCCCAUCACCUAAAAUUUUAUAUUUUUUCAUCUGAAAGUAUACCUUAUUAAAAUAACUUCUGCGAAAAAAUUUUGCCAUUUCAACAAAACGCGAUUUUUUAACCAAUUUUUGAAGUCCACAUUUUUGCGUUACACCCGCGCCGCUGAUCACGCAAACUAGCAGACUCGUAUAUGACGUCAUGUGAUGUAAAUUAAGGAACUCGCAUUACCUUUCCUUCACCAGCUGUACACAAAAAAAAAAUCAAUUACAAGUAAGGAUUGAAUCACAAUGUCUUCGCAAGAAGAAAAUUUUACUGAAACAGAAAAACCUACCAGAACUUGUAAUGUUUUCCUGUCGAUUAAGUCACGUGUCACUUAAAGUACUUCAUACCCCGAAAGAAGACUAAGACGAAUGGUGUGCCUAAAUGGAGGCAAAUUUGAACGUUUUUAAAAAAUUCUAAAAAAUCGUCUUUGGUUCAAAUCGCAAAAUUUUUUCGCAGAAGUUAUUUUGAUAAGGUGUAGUUUUAGAUAAUAAAAUAAAAAAUUUUAGGUGAUAGUCACUUUCAUGAACAAAAUCAUUGUCUGCAAGUAGAAGUGAAUAGAAAAAAGAUAAAAUAAAGUUGAUAGUUUUUUUUCCUCACUCAGUUUUUCAGCGCAUAGAAUAACGAUUCAUUGCUCUAAUUACAAGAAAUCAAUAAAUGUACUAGACUUUCUCAAAGCCCGUUUAAGGUUUAUGCUGGUUAGUCCCUCUCGCCUUCGGUGCUCGCGCAGUCGACUUGUGGCAAGUCUAUGGCAAAUAUAUUUACAAUCUGCUACAAAUUUUGAUGUAAAAGAUAACCUGUUGUAAAUCGAACAAACGUGUAUAUUGUGCCUAUAGAGUCAGUUCUGUGUUUUCUUGAAUCAGUAUGAAGUUGGACUGGCGUUUUUCAAAGGAUCUUUUCAGCCCACUAAUACCGUUGGGAAAGGAAUUUAUAUUCUAAUUCGCUACCCCGCUCAAACGAAUAUAAAACAUUUAUCAUGUAACAAGCAACCUCAAUUGGGGUGUGUCAACACGAGCCGUGUGCGACCCUCUUUAUUAUGCCUUCAUCAACAGAAUGGAUGGAAAUAAUACAACAAACAGAAUGAUAACUCGGAAAUGUAAAAAAUUACAGCAAGAAAAACAACCCUACAAAAUGAUCUAAACUAUGCUCGUAUAACAAUGAUUCAGUAAACAUACAAAACGUGCUAAACCUUUCAUAUAGCAGCAUGCAAAAAACUACGUCUGAGAGAAACCCCUGGUCACUGGGUAUUUAAUUUUGAGGGCGUAGGGACGGUCGUAAGACGCGAAUGAAUAUAAAUGAGAACAACUCGAAUAUAUAGCCUACCGCUAAUGAAGCAAUAGUAACAGCAUACCAUGUAACACCACAAAGAAAAGGUUACAUAACCCAUGAUAAAUACAUUGCCAAAUACGGAUGACUUUGAAUGCAUUCACGGACAUUUCAUCUUAAAAGUUUAACUUUUACCAGCACCAGACACACCAGAUUUUGUUUUCCAAGGUACGUUUGGCAACAUUUUAGAGCUAUGUACACUUAAACACAAAAUUUCGUUGGCCAUUAAAAAUUCAGCUGGUCACCAAACCAACAAAUUAAGCACGCUCAUUUUUAUAUUGCAUUUUAGCUUGUUAAAUUCUAACUUGUUCUACUACUAGCACUAUAUCAGCAUGAAAUCGAGGAACAUCAGCGUAAGCGAAGAAGACGAGGCCAAAGACUCCGGGUGCUCAUAGACACGAUCAAUGUCAGGAGAAGUGGGCGAGGAAGACGAGAACGGCGCACCAGGAAACGCUUACCU